AUGGGGAUGGCCAAGCUGCGAGUGCUGUGCGCCGCCGUGGCGCUGCUGUGCGCGGCACCCCCGGGGUACCCCGGCGCCGUGCUGCCCGCGGGCGAGGGGGACGGGUACGGGGUGAAGCUGUGCGGCCGCGAGUUCAUCCGCGCCGUCAUCUUCACCUGCGGCGGGUCCCGCUGGAAGCGGCUCUCCCUGCUGGCGGUGGAGCCGGCGCCCGCGGCCGAUUCUGCACAAACAGCAAGUAACAAACUACUGGGAAGCUUCAACCUGCAAUCAGUUUUGGAUCCUGAAGUGGAGCAGCUGCAGAGAAGCAGCCCAUUUCUUGGAUGGGAGACGUUUAAGGACUUGUAUAGUUUAAAUUACUAUAAUGAAUAUGUACCUGUGGCAGGUGACUUUAAAAAGCUUGUUCGCCAGGUAGAGGAAGCUGUUCAGAAGGACAGAGGGGGAAAAGGAAAUGCAAAUCCUGUGGAAUCAAGCAGCUACCUUUGGGCCAGGUAUCCCAGAAGAAAACGAGAGUCUCUGGGUUUGGCAGGAAUGUGCUGCAAAUGGGGCUGUACAAAAGCUGAAAUUAGUACUAUAUGCAGAGUUUAA